UAUGAGUUACGACGGACUGCAAUCAAUAGUGAUGACGGACAUGUCGGCCGAGCAGAAAUGCCUCGCUACGUGGCGCUGGACAUAAUCGACAAGGCUCCAGCCCCAUCUCACAAUAAAACCACUGGUCGUCGUCCCCAUGCUCAUUUUGAUGCUGAGAACCUUUUUCCAACAGAGAGAGCAGGGCUGGAGCCUCUAGAAGAGGUCGCUUCCGGUGAUGGGCAACGUCCAGUUUUCUGGGCGUAUCCGACCACGUAUUUCGACUAUGCGAAUCAAAACCGUCGUGGCUGUGUACCGGGACCAUGUGGUCCUCAAUCUAAUCCGGUACCCCAUCGGAUCAUCACUGACAAAGACAAAAAUGUCGUGGGGAUGGUGACACAUCCCUUGAAGAAACAGGGCAAAUUUGUUCGGGUUACCGAACGAACAGACAAGGUCCUCCGCCAGAAACUAGGCGGGUGA